AUGGCCAAUCCUCAAGUGGACGUAAAUUUGACUUUUGUCACCGGAAACGCAAACAAACUGAGGGAAGUCCAAGAAAUACUGCCGAACACUGGCGGUUUGAAGGUUUCUGCACAAGCAAUCGAUCUACCGGAAUUUCAAGGUGAACCGGAUGAUAUCAUCAAAGAAAAAUGCCGUGCAGCGUUUCUUAUUCUACAAGAGCCUGUUCUCGUUGAAGAUACAUGUCUCUGCUUCACCGCAAUGGGUGGUCUCCCCGGCCCGUACAUCAAGUGGUUUUUGGACAAGCUCAAGCCUGAGGGCUUACACCAGAUGCUGACUGCUUGGGAUGAUAAAUCAGCGGAAGCCAUAUGUACUUUCGGAUAUAUGGCGAAUGAAACCGACGAUCCUGUCUUGUUCAAAGGUAUUACGCGAGGCAAAAUUGUAAGCCCACGGGGUCCCAGAGAUUUCGGCUGGGAUCCGUGUUUUCAACCAGAGGGUUACGAUCAAACCUACGCCGAACUGCCCAAGGAAAUCAAGAACCAAAUAUCCCAUCGUCGCCGAGCGUUGGAUGAACUUCGAGCUUAUUUCGCGAAGCAGUGAAAUGGAUUUGUGCCUUCGUUUUCACGAUCAGUGAGAGAA